UAAUAUGGCUUCACGAAAACAUUUUACCUGAGGAGAAAUGUGGGAAAACAUGGCAUUGGUCAAAACGGGAUAAUUUAAUUAUUUGGAUUUAAUUACCUUGAGGGAUUGGAUUUCAUUUUCAGGGAUAUACUUGGAAUAAGUGUCAAGGAAUAUGUAGUUGAUAUGUGCUCUGUUAAAGCUUCAAAGUUUUGAAUUAAAAAGUUCAUUUAAAAAAGGAAUGUCUUCUGCAUUGUUUGAUAUUGAACAAAUAAUGCAAGACCAGGCAGGCUUAUAAAUAGAAUGGCUGCCGGAGUUAAUUUUAUGGAGACACCCCUUGUGUUGUGGGUGGAGACGUUCAGUAAUGGUCGAACCUUGGAGUUCAAAGACCUGUGCGACGGGGUGUUUUUAAAUGAUGUCAUGCUGCAAAUUGACCCACGUCCCAUUAACUACCAGAAUGUCAACAGAGCUGUGGAGGAUGUCAACAUACAGCUUCACAACUGGGAGAUUCUCAUCAGGAACAUCAGGGCCUACUACGUGGACGUUCUACAACAGCUGCUGAUCCUGAAGCUUCCUAACUUCCAGACAAUAUGUAGGGAACCAGAUAAAGACAUUAGCCUCAGUGAAAUGAGGAAGACCCUACUCCUGAUCCUGGGGUGUGCUGUUCAGUGUGAGAGGAAGGAAUACUUCAUUGAUAAAAUCAAACAACUAGACGUGGACGUCCAGACAGCCAUUGUGGAGCACAUAAAAGAGAUCACAGAUGAUUCAGAAUCCAUUCUCCCGAUUGAACCAAUGGAACAGCUGGAGACAUACGCGGAGAAAAUGUUCAAACAUCUGACGCGGGUCAUCAAAGAACGAGAUGACUUCUCUGAGGUCUCAGUGGAGCUGGCCCAGGAGCGAGACUUCUUCCAGACUCAGCUCCAGUGUAGCAUCCAGGGUACUGUGGUGCCCGUCACUCCCCCCGCCAGCCCCGAGAAGCACCACCUGGUGGUGGAACUGGCAGACUGUAAAGCCAAGGUCCGCAGACUCCGACAGGACCUUGAGGACAAACAAGAGAUUUUGUCUGACAUGAGGGAUGAAUUGGAGGAGAACAAAUCACUGGUGGCCAGACUCAGAAACGAGAAUUCGGAAUUGAUUCAGGAUGCUCGAGCAGCCCGAUCACUGAGGGAUGAGCUGGACGUUUUACGAGAAAAAUUAGGAAAAGCAGAUGGCUUCCAAAAUGAAAUUUUGAAGUACAAGGAAAAGCUGAAUGAGUUAGAAUUCUACAAAACCAGAGUGGAUGAGUUACGGGAAGAUAACACGAUUCUGAUCGAGACUAAGAACUUACUGGAGGAACAGUUAUCUAAUUGUCACAAGAGAGUGGAGACGGUCGUGGAGCUAGAGAACGAACUCCGCAAAAAACGACAGAUGGUGGAGGAAAUGGCACUGGAGAGAGAUUCAGACCGAGAGAAGCUCAGAAUUCUAACUGAGGAGAACGCACAACUCCAGUACGAGAAGAAGUCAAGUCUUAACGAGAGUACCAACCUGGAAAAAGAGCUCGACUCAGCCAGGCUUAGAAUUAUGGGAGCAGGAGGGAGUUUAUCUGACCAGCUAACAGAAACCACCAAUGCCAAAAUCCUGAGGUUAGAGUUAGAGAACCAGCGACUGAACCAGAAACUGGAGGAGGCCAAGGAGAAGAUGUUGAUAGAGAACGCAGAGCGGAACUUAGAACUGGAGAAAGAGAACCAGAGGCUGGCCAAGAAAGUAGAGAAACUGUUAGAGAGCGGGCAGGAGGCGUCACAGAACUGUCUGGAACUGGAGCAAGAGAUGGAACAGUUACAGAUAGAGAAGGAGAACCUGCUACAGACGCUGGAGACCGUGAAGGAGAACUCAGAGAGACAGGUGAAGGAGUUAGAGAGAGAGAAGGACCAGCUGUCUCACACCGUGGAAGUGGUACGCGCCCGCAGCGAGCAGACCAAUGACGCCCGGCUCAAAGACCUGGAGAGGGAAAACAAGCGGAUGUCGCAGUCUGUGUCACAGAAAGAUCAGCAGCUGUCAAAGUUAGAGUUCGAGAACCGACAGCUACAAAAGUCAUAUAAUUCAUUAAAGCAUAACUGUGAUAGAAUAUCAGGGCUGGAGCAUGAAAACGCCAGUCUAGAAAAGGAGAAUAAUGAAAUGCAUAAAAUGAUAUCAACUCUGAAAUUAACUUGUGAUAAAUAUGAGACCUUAGAACAGGAGAAUUCGGACUUGGAUGUAGAGAACAGGAAACUACAGAAAUCGGUGAAAAGUCUAAAUGAUCAGCUACAGAAAAAAGAAAUUCUAGAGCAGGAUGUGAUUAAUUUAAGAGUAGAAAAUCAGAAAUUACAAAGGUCUCUAGAUGCAUUAAAAAACUCUUCACAGAGAAUCGCAGAAGUAGAGAAUGAAAAAGACUCACUUAACAGGGAGCUUCAACACUUAAAGAAAAGUCUAGAAGUUCAGAAAAAUCUCCGCACAAAGCAGGAACAGAUGGAGCUGGAUUUACUGGACCUGGACAAUGAGAAUCAGAGAGUUCAGAAAUCACUCGAGAUAACAACAAAACGGGUACAACAACUGGAAAAGGACAACUCCGAUCUAGAAAUGGAGAACGAAAAACUCCAAAAAACGAUAGAGAAAAUGAAAAUUUCUAACAAGAGAUUGAAUGAGACUGAAAAACAAGUGUCAGAAUUAGAGGAGGAAAUGAGAAAAGUAAACAAAGAGAAAUCGACGCUGGAGAAGGAGAAUAAACGUGUGAAACAGACGCUGGAUCUAAAGGAAUCGGCGUACGAUGAUAUUAGUGCUAAACACAGUGCUUUAAACAGGGAACUUAAAAGUCUGAAGAAAUCCGUAGAAUCUCAAAGAGACACGACAGCACACGUCCGUGAGCUGGAGAAAGAGAACAGGGAAGCUAAACAACAGUGUGCCAUGCAUCAGAGAACAGUAGCUACUCUAAGGGAGGACUUGGUAAACGAGAAGAUAAAGAGUCAGAACCUGACUAACGACUUUGACAAACUGACGCAGGAACUGGAGAGAGUGGGCAUUAACAAGGAGAAGUUAGUGAUGACAGAUCAGAGACAGGAUGAGAAUCGCUACAAAGCCCUCGAGAGCAUGAUGGAGGAAGCUCUUAAGAAGAGCAUGGAAAUCAAAGAAGAAAAAAUACAUGCUUUAGAGAGCAGACUUGAAGAGUCUAAAAAUCGUAACCUGAAGCUUCAGGAGGAGUUACGAAUCCUGAAGCGGGAGUGUGAGUCGCUGAAGCAGCGGUACGAGGAGGAAUCUCACGGCAGGGAUACGGACAGAAGAGAGACAGCAGGUUUACUGAGGGUGCCACCAGCUUACCUCCGCUCCAACAGUCAGAGCACCACCAAAGAAAUCCUGGAACUGAAGGACCACCUAGUUCAAGUAGAGAGAACAAAUGCAACAAUGAUGGCAGAGAACAAGAAUAUGAAAUCUCAGACAAAUGCUUUGAAUGAACAGAUAAAGAAACUUGAGAACCAGAAUGUUAAACUUCAGUCUGAGAAUUCCUCCCUCCAGCAACAGGGGCAUUCCAUGCAGUCAGGCAAUGCUAAACUUCAGGUGGAGAACUCUACCCUCAAGUCCCACUGUUCCUCCCUACAGGGUCAGGUCUCAUCUCUCCAGACCCACAUGAACCAGUUAGAGACUGAACACCAGCACCUGAUCCAGACCCAUGAGGAGCUGCAGUCCUCACACGAGGAACUGGUUCAGGAUCACGAAGAGCUACAGAGAAUUCACGAACAAUUGACCUCCGAGUACGAGGGUUUAAUUUCCGAGCAUGGCUCACUGAAGUCCGUUCAUAAGGCGAUAAAAAAUGAAAAUAAAGAACUUCACGAGCAGCUGAGUCGCAGUGUUCAGGGGAAGGAUCAGCUGAAUCAGAUGCAGAUGGAGCUGAAGUCGAUGAGGAAGUUACAGGAGGAGAACGCGUUACUGCGGAACGAACACGACAGAACGGCCAGUCAGUACGAGAAGUUACGCACCGACUACAGGGAUCUACUGGCCGAUCACAAGAAAGUCAAAAACGAGUUAAACCAGGCUCAGCUGAGGAACACGGACCUCCAGGGUCAGUGUGGGGAGAUGAAGGACCAGCUACACACCAUGGAACUGGAGAUCAGUGGACUCGGUCACAAAUACGACACCCUUUAUCAAGUUAACCAAAAGAUGGAGGAAGACAAUAAAAACCUGUUGAUGCAGAUUCAGACCCUGCUGAAUUCAAACCAGGAUCUUCUGUCCCAGAUACUUGACAGCAAGGAGCAUUUCAAUGAGGAGGAAAAGUCCUACUUAGAGAAGAUGAAUGAUUUAAAGAGACAGAAGGAGAGACUGGAGGAGAAGAUAAUGGAGCAUUACAAGAGACAGGACAACCAGAAAAAGAACAGGGGUCUAGGAGCUCGAAUCGCAAGAAAGGCUGCUAGAAUUUUUGCCACCAAACACCCCAGAAGUAAAAGCAGAACUAACUUAGCAGAGACCACUGGAGAUAACUCACUGCUAGGGGACACAACUGAUGGUAGAUCAGAGCUGCAAUCCAGUCGCCCGGUUAGUAUGUGGAACAUUACUGAUGAGCCAUCACUAGCAAAACAAAACACCAGUCUGGCCAAAUCAGCUGGUGCCCUCAAUCAGUCUGAUAAAAUUGGGGAGGGACCGUCGUUCUCCUCCAGAGGAGCCAAAUCGGCUGAGGACCUAUUAGCGGACUCCACGCGCAGUAACCAUGACAAAGAGUCAUUUUCCUCUAGUAAUUCUACCAAUCUGUUGCCAGGUCUGGGACAUCCCGCGAUGCUCGGAGAUGAUGACGAUGAUGAUGGAGGAUUCGGAUCAGUGGUACAACCAAACGAAAUGAUGACUCUAGAAGAAUUCCUCAACGAGGCCAACAAAGGCUCACCCAAAACAAAAUCAGCAGAAUCCAGGAGUCAGGAAGACACAGAAUCCAAGAGCAGUGAGAACUCGGACAACAGUGGAAAGAAGAACUUCAGGAAGCGGCAUGCCCCCGCUCCACCCCUGCAGAUGUCCACCCCUCCACAAAGUGGUUCUAACCCUCGCAUAUUCUCAUCUAUACCUGAUGUGGCAGCAGUCUCUUCUCACCUUGACCUCUCCAGAAUGUCAAGGAUAUCCGGAGGCAGCAGUGGGAGUGGCCAUGACAGUCGCCCAGACGACCAUUCCACCCCCCCUCACAGCAUCAGGGGUCACCCCGAAACCUCUACCCCUGCUGUGACGUCCGCCAGCCACCGACUGAAUAACGGAUCAUUUGAGGAUCUGAAUCAGUGCUCCCCCCUAACGGGAGACACUCGUCGCUUCACUGCCAGCUCUACCCCGUCAUCUGCAUCCCGCACUCUUCAGUAUUCAUUUGGAAAUUCACCCCAAAAUUAUUCUGUCCACUCUCCGCAGUCUCGUGAAUUACCUCCCACCCCCGCUAACAAUUCUGACAGACUAGCACCAUCAGAUAGACUCGAUAGACUUGUGUCCAGCAACCUUCAAUCAUCUAGUCCUCAAAAUAAUUAUGAUUCAUCCGUAAGAUCAGGGAGUGGACAAGAUAGAAGUGGUCAAAAUUUAUCUGACAAACCCCCUCUAUCUCGAGGGUUCACCCCCCAAGGCCCUCAAAACCGGCCUCAAAACUUACACACAUCAGGUAAACAUGGGCCGUCCCCUAACCCCCAGUACCGCCCCCAGCAAAACUCAUACUCCUCAUACCCAGGGCCAUCACAAAAUGGUCCUUACCAGCCCUCAUCAGGGUACAGUGAAAAUGUGAAAAACCCAUCAAACAGUGAUAGCAAUAGAAGACUGAGCAUGCAUGAAGCAGGUUCUCAGCAGAAUAUUUAUUCUAGUAUUGACGAUACGCGGUCUAGAGGGUAUAGUUCUUCUCAGACUAAUCUCAAUAACAGUGGAAACCUCAACAACCAUAACAGUGCAAACAUAGCAAAUGGACCAUAUAGGAACCCCUCAAGUGAGGAGAGCCAUUAUGCCAGAAUUCAGAGAAUUGAGAGACCUAAAUCAGUCCCUCCAGGUGUUAUGAACCAGCAGUCUCCCUCAAAGAAUGACAAUAUGUAUUCUCAGCCCAACAAAACGCCUCCCGUACCCCCACCAAGGCGACUCAAGGACAGUACUACAGCCACACGGUUACUACGGGAACCAUCGCAAGGUCACCCAUCACAAGGUCGUCAUAUCAUAGCCAGCAGGAACUCCACUCCCCCUAGUGGUAACUCAAGGCAGCUACCACAAGGGGGAAUAACUCGUUCUCAGACUUCAAUGGGUGUCAGAAUUGGCCCCCCUGUUAAACAGGUCAACAACACCCCACCACCCCCAAAAGUCAUGAACAACGAACCCAAAGAUCCAAAGGAGAAGAAUUCAGUAUGGUACGAGUAUGGGUGUGUUUGAUAUCCACUUUAUUGUUUGACAAUGCAUAGUAUAUCUAGUGUGUGUGUUUUAGUGGGAAGUUGUAUAUCAGAGUAUUGUAUUAGGAUAAAUGGCACAUUUUAUAGGGGGUUCAUACUGUUUUCACUCAAUUUCUUUAUGGUAGGCGGUGUUACCAAGGUUAUGGGGAAUUCACUAACUUUUUGUAAUCUAUAAAUUGUAUAUUUUGCAAUAGGUAGCAUGCUUUAUAUUACCUUUUUUUUUUUAAAAAUAAAAUUGGAUAUUAUCAAAAAAAGUUCUUUGGAAAAUUGAUUUUUUUUUUUUACAAUUUUCUUAUUAAACUAACCAGCCCAAAAUAUUCUCAUAGUUUUAAUUAUUUUUUUUUUUUAAAUUUCAUUUUAUUUUGGAUGAAUUUGUAGCUGAAUGUGGAUUUUUCUUUUUCCAGCAGGGCAACAAGGUGUUAAUGCAUGUCAUCACAGGAUCUGGUAUAGAUUGUCUCCCUUUGAAGGAGUGGCAUUAAGUUCGAAUCACACAUAUUUAUUGUUUGCAUGCUUCACUGUAGUCAUCUCUAGCUUGCACUGCUUCAGUAUUAUCUGACAUUUAUCUACAAAAAAUAAAAUCAGAGUUGAUUCUUAAACUUUCAGCACCUGAAGAGUUUGAUAGAUAAUUCACUCUCAAUAUUUUUAUUUUUCUGGCUUUUUGUUCCUUUUUCUGUUUUUAACCUAGUAUAAAAAAUGUUCAGGUGCUAGAUUUGGAUUGUUUUGACCUUGUUAAUCCUCACUUGUAGAAUUCUGACCAUAAUCUUGGUGACAUUAAUGUAGCCACACUAUUAUACAGAGAACUGCUUCAGAAACUAAUUUAUAUUUCAAGGGAAGUAAUCAGUGAAGUGUGUAGUUUGGCUGCUAAUAUCCUUGCAUGUAGCAUGGUAACCAUUUUUUGUUUACCAUUUAAGUUUACAAAUUUACAUAUAACUUAAUACAUGAAUGACUUUCAUACAUUGUGAAUUUUACUUUUCCAUCUUUCCAAUAUUUUCCAUUAUGUUGUACAAUCUUUAUUACUGGAACAUUUAUGUGCACAGAUAUUAAAAAAAAGAAUAAUUUAUUUGGAUACAGAUUAUUAUAUAAAUGGCUUUGCUCUUAUAAAUGUGAUAGUAUCAAAUGUACUUAAUUAUAUACUUUUUAAUUUACUGUACAAUGGGAUUUUCAUUGGUUAGUAGUACAGUAUUUAUAAAAUGACCUAGUGUUCUCAGUAUUGUUACAAAUCUUACCACACCAUUUCCUCGAGCUCAAUGCACACUAUACAAAAUACAUACUCUUCUCUACUCUGCAUUCCUAGAACAUAGCACUCAGUAUUGCACAAAAGUACUUAUAAACAUACAUAUACAGUACAUCUAAACUUAUGUACUCAAGUCUCAGGCAGUUUUAAUCCUGAUUGUGUAUUUGUUAGACUAUGAUAUAAAUUUGUUGCCAGUAUACUUAAGCAGUUAUUUUUCUUACUUGUGGAAAAUUUACAUUCCAACUUUGAUAUGUGAUAACCGUACAGGGUUGUGAUUAACCUUCAUAUACACAAGCAAAAUGUUAUAUCGUGUGCCUUAUAUAUUUUCUUAUCUUCGAUUUAACAAAAAGUUGCAUCUGAAAAGGCAUACUAGGGUGAUCUCGUGUGUAAUUCUACAAAUCCACUGUACUUAUUCUGAUCAUUUUUUCCAGGGUAUUAACAUCAAUGUACUUUUUGCUCUUGUAUUUCAUAAUUCCAUCCAAAAAAAGGCAUGCAAUUUUCCUUUUUUGUACAUUUUUUAUCCUCCCCCUACAAUUGCUUUUCACACACAAAUCCGUCCAGCUUGAUUAUUCAUCUAGUCCCCAGGUGCUUGUUAGAUGCAUUUUGGAGUGUUUUGCUCAUGGAUGUACACUGCAUUUAGCAAUACAAGUGUGUAAUAUCUAGACUUUCUUACAUGGACUAGGUUUCCAAAGCAUCACAGGGACAUACAGACCAUUUUACUUUUUAUGAUUAUAUUUAAUGAGUGUCUCAUCAAUUGAUGUUUACUGUUGCUUUCUUUUAAAAAGUGAAAAAUUCUUUACAACUGGAAAUAUAUUUUUUUAUGUUUAUUAUUGGCAAUACAUAUACUUUUGAAAUGUACUAAAAAAUCAUGCUCAUAAAUUGUAUAGUUAAUUUUGUACAUAUGUAUUGUUUAUUUGUACAAAAUGUUAAUUUAUGUCUCCUUUGAGUACAAUUAAAUAUGGUCCAAAGAGA